UAGCUAAUUGCUUUGCUGUCAAACUUUAAAAAGCAGAGACUGAAGGAGUCAAAGGAAAAGAAAGAUGAAGGGUGGAGGAGAAAGAAGGCCAGUGAGAUCUGAAUAAACAUGAAAGCUUAUUUCUUUUUCUCAUUUCCACUUUAACUAGGUUUUCCCAGAGCAGUGAAUGGACGAGUGUGUCUGCUGCGUUUGUGUGUGUGUGGGUUGGGUGGCCACAGAGAUCUGGGAUCUCUUUCUCCCUCCGCCUUUCAGAGGGAAAGAGAGAAAGCACAUGCAGGGACGAAACUCAGAAGGGUAGAUAGCUGUCAGGCUGCGAGGAGGCAGCGCAGAGACGACUUCGUCUUUCUGGGAACAUGUUGUGUCCUCUGCUGCUCUGAAACCCACACAAACACAGAUGGUGAGGUAGAAUGUGUGUAAGUGCUGCUCCUUCAAGAAGUGGUGAAUUAUUCUAAGGAUUUUGACUCUUGGACUGUUGAAAGUGUUUGGAUUCAGCAUCUUUGUAAGUUGGAAUUACACUCUGAAAGGACCCGAACAUUCGAGUCUCAACCUGAAUUCAAGACUUAGGCUGAAGUUGUCGGAUUGAACCCGUGGAGAAGAUGUAUUUGCUGGUGGCAUCAGCGCUCCUAAUCCAGCUGGGGUCCACUCUGACGGGAGCGUGGAGAGCAUCUCAGCCGAGACUGCAGUUCACUCACUCCGAGCUCAUCCAGAACGGUCGGUUGCUGACACUGCCCCUGGUGGCCGGAGACCUGCACUCCCUGCUGCUUGACGAAGACAGGAAGCGUUUGUACGUGGCCAUGAAAGACAACCUGCUGUCCACCAGCUUAGAUGAUAUAACGCAGAAUCCACGAAAGUUGUACUGGCCAGCCAGCCCGGACCGCGUCCAAGAAUGUCUUAUGGCUGGAAAAGACCCAGAGUUGGAGUGUGCUAACUUCCUGCGAGUUCUGCAGCAUUUCAAUCAGACUCAUUUGUAUGUAUGCGGCACCGGAGCAUUCAACCCCCGCUGCUCCUUUAUUCAUACCAGCAUCUUCCUUCAGUCGGAGCACCAGACUCUCUUCUACAGCCAGACAGAGUGUGGCAAAGGAAAAUGCCCUUAUGACCCGUUCCAGAAAACAGCAUCUGCUGUUGUUGAUGGAGAGCUGUAUGCUGGCAUCACCUCAGACUUCAUGAGUCGGGACUCUGCUUUCUUCCGUAGUCUUGGCAGCAGACACGUUAUCCGCACUGAGCAGUACGACUCCACCUGGCUGCAGGAUGCCCAAUUUGUGCGGGUAGCGCCACUGUCUGAAACUGAUAACCCAGAGGAUGAUAAAGUCUACGUGUUCUUUACUGAGCGCGCUCAGGAGGCAGAGGGGGCUGCUGGGAAGGUGCUCUACUCAAGAGUGGCGCGCGUGUGCAAGAAUGACAUUGGAGGCCAGAGGAGUUUAGUCAAUAAGUGGAGCACCUUCCAGAAGGCUCGCAUGGUAUGCUCGGUUCCAGGACCAGAUGGCCUACAGACACAUUUCGACCAGCUGCAGGACAUCUUUAUCCUCAAUGGAAAAGACAAGAAGAAUCCUCUCAUCUACGGCCUGUUUACCACUUCAAGUGAUAUCCUGAACGGUUCAGCUGUUUGUGUUUAUCGAAUGGAGGAUGUGGUUCGAGCUUUCAAAGGAAACUUCCUGCAUAAAGAGGGGCCGCAGUAUAAGUGGGCAGAGUUCACAGGAAAAGUUCCUUAUCCACGGCCUGGAACCUGUCCCAGCAGCACUUAUGGAAGCUACAGCUCAACCAGAGAAUAUCCUGACGACGUCAUCUUCUUCAGCAGGACUCACCCGCUGCUGCAGGAAAAUGUGCUUCCACUGGGAGAGCGCCCCCUAUUGGUCAGAGUUGGCAUCAACUACAAGUUCAGCAAGCUGCUGGUGGACAGAGUGGAGGCGGUGGAUAGCACUUAUGAUGUCUUGUUCAUCGGGACAGACUCUGGGCUUGUGCUUAAGGCCAUCCAUCUACCCAGAGAACAUGGACAGAGUCAGGAGGUCACUCUGGAGCAGAUGCAGGUCUUUCAGCACCGAGCGCCGGUGACAGCAAUGACACUUUCAAAGAAGAAGCAGUGGUUGUUUGUGGGCUCCAAGGAGGGCGUGUCCCAGCUGGCGCUGUACCAGUGUGAGCUGUACGGCCAGGCCUGCGCUGAGUGCUGCCUGGCCAGAGAUCCCUACUGCACCUGGGACGGACAUGCCUGCAGCCCCUACAUGCCCUCCGUGCGCCGGAGAAACGCUCGUCACUUAGGAGAAGAUGAAGAUCCACUGACUCAGUGUGUCCGACAGGGAGCUGGGCUGCAGGUGGAGGCAGAGCAGAGAGUGAUGCUGGUUGCCGAGGGUAACAGCACCUACCUGGAGUGUCUUCCUCGGUCCAGACAUGCUGCAGUGACUUGGUACAAACAAGCUGGAGAGAACAGUCCUGAACUCAAUCAGGUGGUAACAGGUGACCAGCUGGUGGUGAUCGAGCGCGGCGUCCUCAUUAGGCGAGCCGAGCUUUCUCACGGCGGCGUCUACCACUGUCAGGUGGAGGAGCACGGCUAUCACUGGACGGCGGUCACUGUCCGCCUCGCCGUUUGGAGCUCCUCUGCUAACCGCGUCCACGGCUCGCUGUCUGGCUCCUCAUAUCAGGGCGCGGGAACCCUGCCCUGGUACGAGGAUGUGAUGGCCCUCAUACACCCGGGAAACUUGGGCCAGCACUGCAAGGCUCUAGGGUACCGCCCCCCACGCAACCACCGUCGCCAUGGCGACAUCGUGAUGAUGAAGAAGGAGCGGGGAGAGAAGCAAAAGCAUGGGGCAGGAAGAGGAGGAGGAGGAGGAGGACGUCCAGUGGGGAGGAAGAGCAGGAGCAAACCACAGCAAAGGGCACCUCGGAGCGCUUGAGAGGAGACUGAAACACGCACACAGUUUGUGUAACAUACACACACACUGAACUCAGAGGCACACACACACACACACAUACUGUUUGUACAGACUAAUUCAUGCGCAUGCACUUGUAUACAAACAAAAAAACCUUCAGGAUGAGCGGCACUUCAGUUUCUGAAGCCUGAGCAGGAGGAUUUGGACCGCAGGAGACCGCUCCACUCAGACAAAUGACUCUGUGAAUACUAUAGUUCAAGUAGAGUAGCUGUGGAGCAUGAAGGAUGAAUGGCACGGCCAGACCACUCUGACAGCUAAAGGGUGUUGUAGAAAGAAAAUUCUCUUUUGAAGUUUUUAUUUCUCGAAAAGUAUUCAGCGUUUGAAAAAGGUUCCAAACAUUUGAGAAAUAAUUGCUGCCCUCAGGAAGCCCCCACUGAGGAAUUUACAUAUUUUGGUGCAGAUAUUUCCAUUUAUCUGUGAAUUACUUCCAAAUUACUUCAUUAAAAAAUGUUUAAUUGAAGUUGUUUAUGAGGAGCAACUUUAAAAAAACAAAUUGGAUGAAUUGAGGUCAAUCCUAAUCACCCAGUAGGUAUGAGGCAUACAUUAGAGGACGAUCCUUCACUCAGCUCAACCUCAUGUGGAGAUUUGUCAUUUUCUGUGAAAGGUGUGGUUCAACCACGAGAUGAAAGGCAGAGAAAGAGCAGGAGGGACGGCUUUGAUGCAGAUUCUCAUCACACUGCAGCUGACAGACUGUACAGUUCACAGUUUUUCUCUUGGUUUGCAUUCUUACAGUGGAGUCGCUCGUUAAAAUAAUUGUGCAUUUUGUGGUUUAAGCCCCAAAUUUGGUAUGAGUCGACCACAGGAUCCCCUUUUUUAGAAAAACACAUUAGCCAGGAGGAAAUCAGAGAUUUUCAAAUAUUUAUAAUAGUAUUCCAUCAAGGUUAAAGAAUGUAUUUUGUGCAUGAACAGCACAUGUUGGUGAGAAUGGGAAAAUCAUUGACUGUAUAUCCACUGGACAUACCAAUAGAAAGUACCUACUGGUUUCAAGAAGGUGAAAAUCUCAUAGACUCACAUUGAGAAAUGCAGUUAUUUCCGUCAUUUUAUUUGUCAAAAUAGUCAUCCUUCCUCUGAUACAUCCUUCUUAACAUCUUCUUUCUAAUUCUAUUUUUUUUUUAUUUAUCCUUUUUUCUUUAUCCCAAGUUAUUCAAGUUAUAAACUGACCAAUCAGAUGCAUCAGUAAAAGCAUGUGGUUCCUGCUGGCCCCGCCUCAAACAUUUGAUUGACAGAGCUGCUCUCAUUAGAAGGGGUGUGGAUUUCCAACAAGCUCACUAAUGAUUGGUGACAGUAGCUCCUCUAAAAACGUGACUCAGACCGAUACGGACCAAUCACUCUCGACGAUGGGUUUCAAAAUGGCGGCGGACGAACAGGAUUUCUAUGGGUUUCUCCAGUGAACUAAUAUAUGUCUAUGGGGCAAACAGACAUUAAAUGAUUUUGUAAUCUUUAUGUAUAUGACUGCCAUCUUUACACAUGGCUGCCAUUUUGGAUUUUUCUCAUACUUUUCUGAAAUAGGAGAUCCUAAGAUACAUUGAUGCCAAACUUUGAGCUUUUACCACAAAAUGCAGUUUGUCUGAAGAAAAGACCUAACGGCUCUGCUAUGAUAUUAACUGGUAAAAUGUAAAAUUUUGUGUCACCUUGCCCCAACAAACACAAAACCCAGCCAGCAGGGCCAGGUGGGGCCCAAAAGUGGGCAGAUAAUGUGAGCCCUGAAUGUGUUUGUCAACAGUUUAGUUGGUGGUUCCAUCUGUGUUUGCCCACAUUGGCUCAAGUGGGGACUCGGUGGGUUAGCUCACUAUGCUGGCCAGCGGACAGAGGAGCUCGCUAG